AUGAAGCACGACAAGCCCGCCUCGGGCGGCGGUAGCAGCUCCCUGCGACGGAGCCCACGCAAGGGGAGCGGCACUCCAAAAGCAUCACCCAGCGCACAAGCAGAGAUCGAGAUGCCCAAGUACAUCCCCGACCCCGCCCUCUCCCGCAGCGAGCAGAUGCGGGCCGAGGUCCGCUUCAAGCUUGAACAGAAAAAGGAGCUGGCUGCCAUAGCCGCACGUCGCGCGGCGUCCGACGAGGACAGCGAUGAAGAAUUCCUCAGCCUUCCCGUCCUGACCACCUCGCAGAAGGAGUCAAAGAUGCAGAGCAGCUCCAGCUCGCCCGCACCCGAACCCGAACCCACACCAAGCCGCUCUGGCAGGCCUCAGCGGCGCGCUGCGGCUCAGCGAUCCUAUGCCUACGACGCCGACCAUGCAAAGGCACCAGCCAAACCGCUCUCCUUGACCCCGGCCGAUGCCAGCCUCGAUCGCAGGUACGCCAUGCAGAACCUGCUCAAGGAGCGGCGCAAGGAGCAAAAGGGCACCGACGGCCAAGGCCGCUUCGCCCGCGCAGACGCCAUCGCACUCGAACUCAGAAGGGAGGCGGACGCAGCCGUCGAAGAGGCCCUCCGCGAGAAGCAAGAGCAGAGGCGGAAGCUCGCCGAACCCUUCGCAUCGAGCGGCCGGCAGCAUAGGGCAGGGGAAGUCGACUCGACGGCCGAGCAUGACGGCACCGACGAGCUGGAGGCCUCCAUCUACUGGUCCUCGGACGACUCGUGCUCGACGUGCGCCUCUUUAUCGACCAGUGCCUCUUUCGCGAGCGCCCGCGAAGUACCGCCGAGCUCCUCGCCCAGCAAGGGCUCCUCAGGAAAGCUUUUCGAGGGCCCAUCUUCGCCCGCCCCGGCAGCCGUGCAGGGCGAUCGGCCGGCACCCGGCACGGACCCCGAGCACAAUGCCAUUGUCGACGUGCUGAUGUCGCACGCCGAUGACGAGCUCGAGGGCAAGGCCAUCCUCGACAUCGUCAAGAGGGAUCUCGACCCGGACCACGAGGACCCUCUGCACGGACCGCGUUCCAGAGGCCGCACGCGCAAGUCCUUCUGGCGGUCUUGCCGCGUCAAGCGGCCCGACCCGAAUGACAUGUGCUCCGAUGCGGCGAGUGAUCAUCUCACGCGCCUGCUACUCAGCGGCGCCCUUCCGCUGCUCUACUCGACGCUGCCGACCUCGACACAGUCGCUGUGCAAGUGGCUCUUCUUCCGCUGGGUUCUGUCCGAGAAGCCCGAGGUCCGACAGAGAUCCCACGAGGCGUUUGCGGACCUCAUCCAACGACACGUCACCGACGACGAGCGCGAGGCGAUCAUCGACACCAUUGCUGCGCAGCUGCCCAAGCUCUUGGUGCUGCUGGGUGCCAAGCUCGCGACAGUCAUCGACUGCUUCUCGCUCGGCGACGACCAGCUGGAUAUUGAGGCUCCCGCCAGCAUCGACCGGAGAUCCGACGCCGCACGCGGCAGCCAAGACCAAGGCAGCCCCUGGCUGACGAGGACCGAGCUCUGGAACAUCGUCAACCGGCUGGCGCAGGCGGUCAGGGUCGUCUCCAACAGCUCCCACACGCAGCCGAAGCGUCCCAGCGACUACGUCGAGGGCGUCUUCGUCAGCCUGCUGCUGGUCCGCUCCGAGCUGCACUACGGCGGCCUGCGCGACGAGAUCGGCCAGACGCUGUCGCACCUGCUGGUCGAGUUCUCGCCGUUCUCGGUGUCGAACCACGCUGGCGGCGACGUCGGCGUCGACUGCUCCAAGAUGUGGGAUGUGCUGCGCAGGGAAAGCAUCGAGGGACGUCUCGAGGUGCUGCGCGCCUUUCCUGCCGACAACUACGUCGGGCGGACGAUCCGAAGGUGGCUCGCCUGGCGCAGCCUGAUGGGCGACGACGAGGUCGCUGCACAGCGCGGCCUCCGCUACGUGAUACCCGAGCUGGGCCGGCUGGCCGCCAUCAUUGACCACGCGGACCCUGCCUCGCCCUUUUACGUGUCUCCGCCGUCCGAAGACCGCAAGUCCGAGGGCAUCAAGACCGACUACGCCACGCUCAGCGCGGCCACUGAGCUGAUGUGCGUGGCGCUGAGCGAUAUGGGCCUGCAAAUCUGCAAGCCCAAGGGCUACGCUGACACGCCCGGGCCCGGCUCGCCGCCGAAGCGCAAAGACGUCGCCGCGCACUCGCGCGCGCUCGACCUGGCCCUGGCGCCGUACCGCUUCCUCGAGCCGAAGCGGCGUUCGCGACGCAUCGAGGCGAUGCGCGCCAUCGUCGAGCGGCUCAAGCUGGUCAACAUGGAGGUGUCGGACCUGCGCGACUCGACGCUCGCACGAGCGCGGGCCAAGGAUGCGCUGCUCCGCCUCUACCUCUCGCUCGACUACCAGAUCACCAUGUACGCAGCGAGGCCACACAAGCUCGAAGAGGAAGAGGCCCCCUCCAAAGUCGGCUUGGCAGGCAAGGUGCCCAGGGGACUCGAUGGCCAGCUGAUGCAGAAGCUCGCCGGGUCCUCUGGACGAUCCGGCGAUGCGGCUGAGGGACAGGCCAAGCAGAGCCUGCCGCGCUUCGCAAUGCCGGUUUCGCCGUCCAAGGAACGCGUCAACAGACAGAAGCAGGCCAAAGACGGCGAUGCCAGGCAGGUCUCGCCGUCGAGGUCUCGCCUGGGCCCGGAAGGGUCGCAGACGACGGGAGAGCGCGGCAGCUGCUCGUCUUCGUCGUUCCGGAGCGCAAGCGAGACCAACGCCGGCAGAGGCGGGACAGCCAGCGCGGCAGCCAACGUCAAGGACACGCCCAAGCGAGCGCGCCCUCCCGGGACGCCUACGAAGUCGUCCAAGAAGCCCAGGGGUGUGGCAGAGCCGGAUGGCAAGCAGCGGAAGCUGACGUCGUUCUUUGCCGGACGACCCGAGGUGGUGGUGCUGGCGCCGCGAUCCAGCUCCCCGACGUCGCUGCGGGGCGGCAAGGUGGCAGUGGACGCUUCGGGCGGGGACGACGAGGUCGUCAAGCCCGACCGGCGACGGCGUGGACCGAGCGCGGACGGCGCGGACGACGAGGAUGAGGGGAUGCAGGGCGACGACGACGCGGACGAGGAUGCGGACGAGAAUGUCUCGCCGCGCACUCUGCGCGAGCGGGGCGCAGCAGCGACGCCUGCUGGAACGACCAACGGCCGACGAUGCGGUGGUGUCGCGUCCGCAGCCUCGCCUUCGAGCACGGCGUCGAGACGAAGCGCAUCGCCGAGCAAGCGGCAUACAAGUGCGGCGGUGGCGGAACAGGCCCCGCCGCCGAGGAGGGGUGCACAGCCACAGGCAUAG